GAAAAGUAGUUCAAACAGUUCUUUUUUAUUUAUCAUCAUUAUAUGGACCUUUGUCGACAAAACAAUUGUCCAUCAAACAUAAAUUAAUUCUCUACGCGUCUCAGUUGCGUCCGGUGACGGUUGCUUUCGAGGCGUUCAUGUUUUCAAGCUGUCUUUCCAUCGCGAACAGUGGCCUGGAUCACUCGCUACCGACUGGUAGCCGAUUGAAAAUGUGCGCGUUAUCAGAUGUUUAAAAGAAUAAACUGUGAACUGAUUGGCUAUUUGUAAUUAUCAUUGUUUUAAAAGAUAAGGACGACAGGUGAAACUCACAAAAUGCCAUUGGAUGCCAGUGCUUAACAAAUAUCGAUGUGAUGAGGUGAUAUUUGAUUUGUGCAGUGUUUGUGUGUGACUCAAAACAUUUUGUUAUAAUAUGUGGGGCGCAGCGGUGUCGAAUCCGCCGCAUUACCAUUAUGUUCAAGGACCUGCUGGUCCAAUACCACAAGUAGGACCUAAUGGGCCGAUAUUGUCCGGUCCUUCAACGAGACAUUUACGACCACAGUCAUCGUACUCUUUGCCACAUGGUACUAAUGGACCCGGGCGCUGGAGUUGGUCAGGAAGUAAUGUCUCGUCAUUUGAUCGAAGACAGCUAAAGGUACCUCCACAACCUGCUCGUCCAGCCCCAGUCAGGCCUUCACAAAGCCGAUACACUGGAAAUAACAAGGUCGACCCCGAGCUGAUCUUCACGAAACAGGAGAAGAUCGGCAAAGGCUCGUUCGGUGAGGUAUUUAAAGGUGUCGAUAACAGGACCCAGCAAGUGGUCGCUAUUAAAAUAAUCGACUUAGAAGAAGCUGAAGAUGAAAUCGAAGACAUCCAGCAGGAAAUCAUGGUGUUGUCACAAUGUGACAGCCCCUACGUUACUAAAUAUUACGGAUCAUACUUAAAGGGAACAAAAUUAUGGAUUAUAAUGGAAUAUCUGGGCGGGGGGUCGGCGCUGGACCUGAUGAAGGCCGGCAGCUUCGAGGAGAUGCACAUAGCGGUGAUACUCCGGGAGGUGUUGCGAGGCCUCGACUACCUGCACUCGGAGAGGAAGCUGCACAGAGACAUAAAGGCUGCUAACGUACUGCUCAGCGAGAUGGGCGACGUCAAGCUGGCUGAUUUUGGUGUGGCGGGCCAAUUAACAAACACGACAAGUAAACGCAACACUUUUGUGGGCACACCGUUCUGGAUGGCGCCGGAGGUGAUCAAACAGUCCUGCUACGACAGCAAAGCCGACAUCUGGUCGCUCGGCAUCACCGCCAUAGAGCUGGCUAAAGGCGAGCCUCCCAACUCAGAGCUACACCCCAUGAGGGUACUCUUCCUCAUUCCCAAGAACAACCCCCCGCAGCUGACAGGCAGCUACUCAAAACCGUUCAAAGAGUUCGUCGAGGCGUGCCUGAAUAAGGACCCAGAAAAUAGACCAACAGCUAAGGAAUUAUUAAAGUUCCAGUUUAUCCGGAAGGCGAAGAAGAAUUCGUAUCUAAUGGAUCUUAUAGAUAGGUAUAAGAAGUGGAAGGCGCAGCGGAGCGAGGAGAGUGAAACUGAGUCGGAGAAUUCAGACUCAGAGGAGUGUCGGAGUGGUGACAGCGAGGCGGACGAGCCCUGGAUCAUGACGGUCCGGGGCGGAGCGCUACAGCCGCCUGCAGAGCGAGACAACAAGCGACGCAAUAACCACCACGACGAUAACGUGACAAGUCGCGAGCCGGUGGUGGCGGGUGCGGGUCCGAAGCAGAACGGCGCGGCGCCCCCGGAGCCCGCCCCCGGGCCGGUGGCGCCCCCCGCGGCCGCGCCCCCCGCGCCCCCGCACGCCGCGCACACACACACGCCGCACUCACUCAACAACAACACGCCAGACAAACUGCCGACCCGGCAGUCGUCGAACGUGCAAGUGAACGCGGAACAGAGGAGCACGAAGGAGCGCGAGCGCGACCGGGGCGACCGCGACGAACGCAAGGAGAGAACCGAACACCAGCCCUCCAACAGGGAUAGCGUAGUCUAUAAUAAAAACGCCACACCUCUGGACGAUAGAGGAAGAAACAGUGAAGAGAACAAAGUGAAGAGGCAUCCGUAUUUGCAACAACUUAUAUAUCCACUACUCAAUGAGCUGUCCCGCAAGCACGGUUCAGGCAGUGCGGCCGCUAUCGAGGAACUGCGGCGCGCCUUCGAGCACGCGGAGCGAGCCGCGCCGCACCUCACUCGGGCAUUCGUACAACAGGUGGUACAGAGGGUGGCAACUCAGUCGCAUCAACCAUCGACUCCCUCCCACACUCCUCCCUCGCAGCAGUGGAUGAGGUAGGUACGGGACCUAUAAUAUCAGUAGCGUGAGCGAUCUAGACGCGCCGCUACCCGCGCACUGGAGAUGAGACCAUGUACCAAUGUAGCGGCGGACACUUGACGACAUAUUUGUUACAUCCACACCCACCCCACCACACGUGUGAUAUCUACGUAGUUACGUAAAACCUUACAUGUAAUAACUCAACUCAUAAAAGAGAAGCUACGAUUCUAUGUCACAUUUGUUAAUUUAUAAAAAUAAAUCAUGAAUCAAUGUUAGUUGUUCUAAGUAGUUUUGUUUUGAUAUACGAACAUAGAAAGGUAGGGGAUUACUUCUUGAGUUGAGUUCACAUGCAACGUUUUCCGUUUGUUACGUAAUGCGUUAUAGUUAUAAGACCGAUAGCAAAUUGUACGUCAAACGCUCGUCGUCUAUACUUUAUCAAUAUCAAAGUAUUCACAUCAAUUGCUAUUUUAUAGAACAUUUUACUGUCACGUUUAGAAUCACGUCUUUGAUAACUAAACACUUAGCAAUAGAUCUAUUUCUAUAUUGCGUAUGUUUCAAUCCUCAUUUCUUAGUUCGCGCGCUACCUGUUCCGACACAAGAACAUAUUUCGAUGGUACACAGUAAUCAGUUCUCGUUCAUUCUGUUUUUAUUUAUAAAAUUCUCGUUCUAUUUGUGUUCUUAUCUAUCUCUGAACGAUAAAUCUAUUUAAAUUAUUUUGUUACUGGAUGCAAUGGGCAUUACAGUUAGAAUAAUCUUUAUCGUCACGCUGUGAUUAUCAUAUUUUUUUAUAUUUAUCGUGAACUGACGCACCUGUCGAAUAUAUUCUUGCAUACACCACUACAUUGACAAGGCAUUAAACUAUUAGCAUUUUUUGUUCCGCUAACAAAAUGUUAUGUAACAAAGGUCGACGUGUAGCCGCAACCGAGUCACAAAGUUGCAAUGCCAUAGUGUAAUAAAUAAAAAUAUAACGUAAUAAAUACUUAAGAUGGUUAUGUCUUAUAAUAUUUUAUAUUAUGUGCAUUAUUUGUGUAAAUAUCAUUUAGUUGUGAUGUCAUAACGCCUGCGGUAACUUUGUUGUGCUAACAAGUAACAUAAUACCGGCGAGGUGUCCCCGCGCGUGUUACUGUCGCCCGCGUGGCCGCAUGUUUAAGUUUUCACUGUGAGUUGUUUUAGUAUAAUUUCCCCGCGGCUGUUUGUUGAGUGCCUGGGUUUGUUUACAACGGUAUUGGAUCUUUUUAACUUAAAUAUUCGUGGAGAGCUCAUUCGCUAUACUUCGCCAAUAUUUUGCCAUAAUAUUUUUUUUCUAAAAUUUAUUUUUUACUAACACUAUCGUUUUGUAUAGAGAAGUCUGAUUGAUAUUGUGAUCAGUCGUCUAAAUUCUAACAUAUUUAUAUGCUUUAGAAAUUGAUGUUUGAAACUUUAUAGAAAGUGUUAAGUGUCAUUCCAAACAAAAGACAAUAUUGUCAGCAUUUAUAGAUUAUUUGAGUUGAUUUUUGUGAAGUCGCAACAUCUGUGAACUGUCCGCUUGUGAAAAUUGUUAUAAAUUCCCGUAGUUUAGUUAUUUGAAGCUUAGAUUUAGUUGUGUAUUCGGCUACUUACCGACUUGGAAUAAAAUAAAAUUAGUGACUAAUACAUGUUCUAAAAGAAUAAUAGUCCGAUCACUGUUUCAUAGUUUCGUUUGUAAUUAGGAGAGAAUAAUGGUAGAGUGAUUCGAAGGAUUCAAGUAUUUUGUUAAUAUUACGAUGCUGACAUCAAUGACCAUGCGAUGUCGUUAUAAAUAAAAAACAUGCUUAAUAUGCGACAAUAUUUAGCAAUUGGGAGUAUAUAGAGUAUAUUAUAAUGAAAACUACAAACAUUAUUAUUGCUGUGUAAAAAUGUAAACCUAAUAUAAAUGUAAAUUAUGUAGUAUAAUAUAAAGCUGUUUUAUGAAGUGUUCUUAUAAGCAUAUGGAGAGUAGUUAUUGUCUUUCCAAUUUACGUAUGUGAGCGCAGCCGAGAGCGCGGCGCGCGUUGUUUAUAACGUCUAGUUUGUAGUGUCCAGGUACCUCGGUAUCGUAACGUAGGAAGGAGUAAUAAAUUGCCUCUGACGCGUAGUUCAUAAGUCCCGGUGUGCCGUGCUCUCGGACUGCGCUGUAUUUUGCCUUGAAUUUUUGUUUUGCCAUGUGAAAAUAUCAUGGAAGAUGUUAGUUUGAUUUCGAUGGAGGAUCAAAAAUUAUUUUUCCACUUGAUCGUAUAAAUAAAGCGUGUAGUGUUAGAGGUGGGCGAUAAUUGUUGAUUAUUGAUUAAAAUUAGGUGUUUGUGGCAUUGGAUAGUAGUUGAGACGCGUUGACAACGUUGAGGACGGGUCCGCGUAGCGGCGGUACGCGCGACUACUGACGACGGCACGUCGUGUCUGUCACGGGAGGACUAAAGUACCUCCCUGCGUACCUCCUCUACGCGGGCGUCUGGCCCAGUAGUGGAGUGUAGUUAUUGUUAUCUUCGGAUGUUGCAGAAAUGUUUCGGGAUCGCGUCGUUUGGUUCAUGGGUAUUUGUGAUCAUAUUUGCAUAGUUAUUAAAAUAAUAAAAAAUCUAUAUUAUUAUUAUAUAAAAGUCUGUAUUGAAAAGGACAGUAGUUGUCUGUGUAGUUGUGUUACUGCGCGCGCCACGCUUGGAGGGCGCGAUUAAAUCGUUGGAAUAUAACUGGGAAGACGUAUCGGUGCCGUUGUGGCGGGAUAUAAAUACGCGCCCAGUCAUAUUUGUGGCUAAUUAAAGGAAUAAGUUGCGGAGUCCACAGCUGUAGGUGCAGUGUGCACGUGUUGCAGAUGUCGGGCGUGAGGCGCGCAGUAGCACUGUGUAAAGGAAUAAAUCCACGGCCCUCCACUCGUGCACCAACGUUAACAGCUAACGGCGCGUACCAUUAGUGUAAUGGUCAAUUAAUGUUACGGCGUCAUCAUUCUAACACGUUUAUGUAGGAAACAAAUUUGACUCUGAAAUAAAAGAAGUUAUUUAAUUUUGGAAA